AUGUCUAAUGCAAUAAAUGAAUUACAAAAAUAUUUGGAUGAGUUCAAUGAAGCUAUAUUUGCAAUGAAUAGUUCAGCAUUAUGUAGCCUACUGAGUAUUCGACAUAAAGUUCAUAUUGAAAAAUUUUUCUCGCCACAUACAAGUGAUUUAUUUGAAAAACAUGGUCGCGUUGUACAAGGUUGGAAUAUUAUAUUAACAAAUCAUAUUAAAAUUUGCCAAACAUCAUUGUAUAAAAGCCGCUUGAAUGAUAUCGUACAAUAUCAAUAUCUAGUAUGUCGUGCAUUACUUGAUCUUGUUAAAGAUAGUAAAAAUAAAAAUUGGCAUAUACCAAUAUUAAUUCUUAUUCUAACUGAACUUCGUCUCAUAACAAAUUAUUUUACCGUCUAUAUACCAAAUGAUAUCGAUGGUAGUACAAGUCCGCCAUCGCAACGUAUUGCUGAUUUAACAAUUAAUGGUCGGCAAACAUCAGAAACACAUGUAAAUAAAACCAUUGAAUUACUUACAGAGGCAUUUCGUGUGUGCACAAGUGAUCGUUGUACAGAACAGCGUUUAUCGAAAAAAUGGGGAGCUAUUCAAAUACUUAAUCAAUUACUUAAAUUAUGUCAUAGAAUCAAACGUUAUGAACUUGGAGAACAACUACUCUCAUUUGCCGAACAAUCAUUAGAAUAUAGACAUUAUCUAUUAGAAGAUCAAAAAAUGACAUAUGAUUAUUUUUUAGGAAAAUCUGCCCUAUUCAAAGAUGAUUAUCGAAAAGCGGCAGACUGUUUUGAUCCAAUUUUUCAACGUUGUCCCAAGUUUAUGAAGAAAAACAAAGCAUCUAUAUUAACGCAUUUAUGUAUAUCUAAAAUGCAAUUUGGUUUUACGCCUGCUUUACACAUUGUUGCUAAAUACAAACUGACUGCUUUUUACGAUGUACUCAUUGCUAUUAAACAUGGUCAACUAUAUGCAUUUGACCGAUGUAUAAAAACAAUUCACCGGAAUUUUUUUUUAUCCAAAGGUUUAUUACUUCAUGUUGAAACAUUAUAUUUACUGGCUGUGCGAAAUCUUUUUCGACAAGUAUGGUUAUUAAUGAACAAAGAGAAUAAAAUAUCGAUAGAAACAUUUACACGUGCAAUUCAAUGGAGUAACAAUGAUGAACCAUGUGAUCAAUUAGAAUGUGCUGCACUUUUGGCUACGCUAAUUACUCAAAAUCGUCUUAAAGCUUAUAUAUCUUAUAAACAUAUGAUGGUUGUACUAAGUAAAGAAGACCCAUUUCCUAGAAUACAGCAGACGAUUUAA